AUGUCGCAAAUAAGUGCCGUGCAGUACAGCAAAAUCAACGUGCUUCAACAAAAUCAAAUUAAUAAUAAGCAAAGUGAUCGGCAGAUCAUUGUUUUAAGAAAACCUCAGCAUAUCCUACCACAACCUAAGGAAUACAACAAAGAUGAGUUACUUGUUACUAAUAACUCGAAGAAAAAAAUUAACAAAAGUAUCAAAGAGACAAAAACCAAUUCAGCUCCAGUGGCGGUAGCUAGAAGAAAUGCUAGGGAGCGUAAUCGAGUCAAGCAAGUAAAUAAUGGUUUUGCCACCUUAAGGCAACAUAUUCCAAAUUUCAUAGCAGCUGCUUUCGAAAAUUCGAACGGAAGAGGAGGAAACAAAAAACUUAGUAAAGUAGAAACCUUAAAAAUGGCUGUAGAAUACAUCCGGAAUUUAGAAGAUAUUCUUUCUAUGGAUAACUCUGGAGAUGCUAACGAUCAUCCGUAUCCAUCACCUAAUUCUUCAAUUACAUCACCUAAUCACCAAAUGCAAAAUAACAUUACCUACACUUACCAAAUACUAUCGCCUCCUGAAGAUGAUGAUGACGAUGAUCUCUCUUCUAACGCUACAGCCUCUCCACAACAAUUCAUCAAAAUUGAUACAUCCUCAGGAGCUUUUCACGUGCUGUCCAAUUCUAUAUAUGAAAAUGGAGAAAAUCUCGACCCUAUGGUUGUCGAUGAACAUCUACUAGCACACCCACCUCUACUAGAUCCCAACCUAGAAUUUAACAGUCAAGAUCUCUCAUAUCUACAGAAAGUUAAUUCGUCAGAUUGUUUAUCUCCUGGAUUCUAUAGUGAAAACUCUCUAUCUCCAAAUUCAUUAGAUACAAAUGAUCCGAACUGUUUUAUACCAGUAUUUAAUACUCCCUGUGGAGAUGGGCUUGGUGACGUGAAACCUAACAUUAAUGAAAUUCCAGUUAUUUCGCUAAAGACUGAAAACGAGUUGCCUAAUGAAGAAAAGAAUAGUAUGGUGGAUAUGCUUCAGUGGUGGGAACACCAAGAACCUCAAAAUAGGGAAAGCUAGUUGUUGCUAAUACUAAAGUAAGUAAAAAAAUAAAAGUUAUUUGUAUCGAUAAAAAAAUGUGUGUGUAAAAUGCAUAUUUAGACGUAUAAGAAAAAUUUUAUAGAAUUCAUGUACAGGGUGAUUCAAAAGUUGAUGCUCCUUUUUUAAACUAUAUUGAAAUAGACGUCUUUCUCAGAUAACUUGAAAAAAAAAAACAAAAAAUUACAAGGAUUUAAAUCUGGUGAUCUCUGGGCCACUUAAAAAUAAAUAUAGUAACAAAAUUAAUAUUAAAAAAAAGGUUUUUAUACAUUACUUAGCCGAAUAGGUGUACUUCUCGAAAUUGGUCA